AUAGUAAGUUUUAAAUUCAAAUUAGGAAGUGGCAUCACUGCUACAUAUAACAUGAAAGACUUUGAGAGAUAAUAUUUUAAUAUUCUUUUUGAAUGCAACAAAUAAAUAUCAAGAUUUUUUAUAAUUGUUCACACAUAUAAUUAUUACAAAAAGUUAUAAUUAUGAAUCACGUGAUUACAUAGGUAUUUUUUCACACCAAAUGUAAAAGUGAUUAAUAAUUUGAUAUGUAACUAUUGAACAAACAAUAAUAUAUUGUUAUUAAUGUUAUGUUAUUGAUUUGUCAAUAAAUCAAGUCAAAAUGCAAAGAAAUUUGGGAAUUCCGCAUAGUUACACUUUAGAUUCAUCAAUGGCAAUUAAAUUGGUCAUAGGUCAGAACAACAAUUAUCCAGAACAAAUGCUAAUAGAAAGUCUAAAUAUAUGGCAUGAGUUUAAAAUAAUUAGAGGUGCACAGUACAACAAGGAAGACGUAUUAAAAGCUAUAUUAAAUUCUGUAGAACCGGCAUACUUGUUACCAGUGAAAUAUCAAGUGCGAGGAGAAGAUUCAUAUUUUAUAGCCAGCAAUUGUGGCCCUGCUAUUGAAAGCUUAUGCAGAUCUAGUUUAAUUGUUAAAAAUCCACACGGUAAUCCUCUGAUUUUAACAAUUGUCUUGGGCUUUGCCUCGGUUUCUGAUUUAACCAUUAACAUUCAACCGCUUAUUUUAAAUACUUUGACAAAAAGGUAUGAUUUUAAUAAGAAAUUAUUAGAUUUAGAAGCAUUUCAUAAGGAUGCAGAUUUAUAUAAAACUAUUUACUGUCCUUUGUCGCAUCCAACUAAUUUGGAACACAUAUUAAAAGUUGCUAAAAGUACGGUGGCUGCAAUUGAAUAUAUAAAUUUAAAGCAUAAUGAAUUAUGUAUAUUGGACGCUAUAAAAUGUUUAGACUCAAAUUCUUUGAAAUAUUUAGAUUUAAGAUACAAUAGUUUAUUAAAUAUGAAAGAUCUUGAGAUCUUACAAAAUUUAAUGAUUAGGAAACUUUGGUUAGAUGGUAAUCCACUAUGUGAAAAUUAUUCUAGUGCUAAACAAUAUAUAAACUCUGCGAUGAUAUAUUGCCCGCAUAUAAUUCAGUUGGACGGUGCAGCUGUAUAUAAUUCUACUUUUCCAAUAACGCAUUAUGAGUACUUCAAGAAUGGUUCAAGACGUGAACUUGUAUAUCAAUUCAUUAGACAUUAUUUUAAUUUAUUUGAUCAAGAAGAUAGAAAGAUUUUAAGAGGAUUGUAUGAUAAACACGCACUUUACUCUUUAAGUUGCAAUAUUCCAUUUUCUAUUGCUCAUAAGAAAAAUUUAGUGCAAUAUACUAAAAGUAGAAAUCUUUUAAAAGUAACAAAUUCAAAUAAAAGGCGUAAAUUUUUAUACUAUGGAGAAACUGAUAUAUUGAAUACUAUCAACGCAUUACCAAGAACUUGUCAUUACCAAAACUCAUUUCAAUAUGAUCUGAUGUACGAUGAUAAUGAACGUUUAAUGAUAUGUGUUACCGGAUUAUUUAUGAAUAAAAAUAGCAAUAAUCAAAUACUAUCGUUCAAUAGAACUUUUGUUUUAUGGACUGGUCCUGAUAACGAAUAUACUAUUAUAAAUGAUCAGUCAUGCAUUAACGAUACUCCAGAAAACGAAACUUUAAUUAAUACAAUUAUUGCAUUAAAUGAUACAGAUAGUACUUCACAUGACAAGGAUUUUGUACCAGAAUGUUUUAGCCCAAAAGAGAGAUAUGAACUAAUAACAGAAUUAGAACAAAUAAGUAAAUUAAAGAAAGAGUGGUGUCAAACGUAUUUGUAUAAGACACACUGGAAUUUGCGACAAAGUAUUCAAACUUUUAUGAGAGAUUUUAAAAACAACACUCUACCGCCAGAAGCUUUUAAUAUUUAAAAUAUAAAUUCUCGCUACAUGAAAAACACAUAUAUUUGUAAAUUUUGUAUAUAAAAACAAUUCUCUGUGCUUUUAUAUCAUUCUUUAUUAAUUUGUAAAAGAAUAUUUUUCUAAAUCUCAAAUUAAAUGUUAUUUUUCAUAUUA